CACCGAUACCGGAAUUAAUAGCAAAGACUGAUAUUGGGUACGCAUCGGGGAAUACUCUAUUGAAUACUCUGAUAUGGUUUCGAUCAGGAGUCUAGCCCUAGUUUUCAAUAUACUGAGCGUGUUUCUGGCUGUUGCUGUAAUUGUAAUUAAUGUAACUGAUCUACCGGAAACUAGCAAAGAAGAAAAACCAUUUAGUUAUGGAUUUUUGGUCUUGGGAGGGGCAACAAUCCUAGUUUGCCUCGUCGGCUUUGUCGGUGCUCUGAAGGGCCACAUUUGCACCACUUGGGUGUAUGCCAUUAGUCAGUUGGUCCUUUUGAUUGCAAUGAUCGCCUUGAUGACUGUCUCCAAAAUGCAUCAUGAGAAGAAAACACCUCCCGAAGAAAUUCUAAAAUUAGCUUUUGAACAGCAGAAGAAUGGAAAAGAUGCGAUGGUCGAAUACCAAGAAAAAUAUCAAUGCUGCGGUAUUAAUGGUUAUGGAGAUUAUAUAGGAAUGGUACUUCCAAAAAGCUGCAGAGGUGAAAAUAAUGAGGAUCACCCUGGUUGUUUAGGAAAAAUGAAGUCCGAGGUUGAGGAUAAUCUAUCGGCGCCCCAGUUUGUUGGUUGGGCUCUGAUGGUUGUUCAGAUGGCUUCUUUUGUCUGGUCCACGAUUCUGGGGGUAAGGUUAAAUAACAAAGCUCGCCGCGCCCAAUAUUAACGCUUGAAGAGAUUUUACAUGUUAGUUGGCAUUUCGCUGAUUGUAGUCAGUGUUAUCGGCGUUACAGAUGACUUUUACAAUGGACGAUCCUUAUACUCCUGUGUUAUCGCCAUUGGAGCAGUUUCUAUUUUAAUAUCGAUUGUAGGAUUCUAUGGCGCCAUUAAGGAAAACUUUCGCAUUACCCUGGCG